AUGAAUUCCUUUCCACCAAUAAUUCAACCAAUUUUGCCUUUGGAAGAUAAAGAAAUUAACAAUAACGAUAACGGAACCAAUAAAUAUAAGUCUAAAGAUACUUCCAUACCCGUUAGUAAUUUGAAUAAGAAAAAUAAAAAUCACCAACACAUACACAAGCUACUGAUUUCAUCUAAUUUAAUAUUUGAUUUUCACAGUGAUUUAAAGUUAAGGGAUAUGAAAGAAAAAAUGAAUGAAUGUAUUAUUGAAUCCGAGGAUAUGACUCACGUUAAACCAGUGUUGCUGUCAUGUAGUCCUCAUGAAGACUUUAAUUAUGAUGCUAGUGAUACAGGUAGCCCUAAAAUAUAUACUACUUUAGACAAUGCACUGAAUAAUAGUGAUAUAUCUCAGAACGAAAAUGACGAUAGCGAUGAUCCAAACUGGGUAAAUAUUCCUGAAGACAUUGAUACGUCCGAUACUAAAAACGAACAUUCAGAUCAAGAUUCACAAUCAGAAAAUGAUGACAGCAGUACUCAACAAAAUGUCAUCAGGUCGACUAUGUACGAACCUGUACUAGAUCGAUGUGUCACUUCCACAAUUAUUAAACCCAGCCGACAUCCAACAGAUGAUUUUUUGAUUAACGAAUACGGGGAGAAAAAUGACCUGGAACCGCCACCUCCUGAAAGACCUCCCAGGCGACACGGCAAAAUUGCAAAGCAGAAUGGUAGCCAAGAAACAAAAGCAUUCUCUGUUAAGAAGUAUAUUGAGAAAAAAUAA